GGGGGGGGUUAACAGUUCUCGUCCCGGUUUCUUCCCUCUUCAUCCAAGCGGCGGGAACGAGUCGGUUCCCUCGGCGCUGAACGGCAGCUGGAGGUCCAGAAGCGCAAUAAAACCUGCACCUGACGCAAGGCUCCUCCAGAAGACCGCAGCAGCUUCACACAAGGAGACCGAGAGUUUACCCCUUUCAAAAUGAACGUGGGCGUCCCUCUACCUGUGCUGCUGCUCACCUUGUGUGUCCUCGUCCUGCCGUCGUCCUCCACCCCCCACCACGAAACAGAUGAUUCAAACCUUCUCCAGGUCACCAUCCCCCUAAACCGGCCUGUGAUCGCCGUUCUGGGGGGUUCUCUGACCCUACCCUGCCUGGUGUCACUGGCCCUUCCUCCGCCGUCCCCGCCCACAAACGGCCGCCAUGCCGUGCUCUCUGUGCCCAGGGUCAAAUGGACCAUCCUGAGUGAGGGCCGGGAGAUGGAAAUCCUGGUUGCCCGCGGCGACAGGGUGAGAGUCAGUGAGGCCUACAAAGACAGAGCGUCGCUGCUCAACUACGCCUUCUCCCCUGCAGACCUCACGUUGCAUCUGGAGAACCUGAUGCAGAACGACACCGGCUUCUACCGCUGCGAGGUGCAGCAAGGCCUGGAGGACGCCGAUGAUGUGGCUCAGGUCAAGGUUAAAGGUGUGGUGUUUCAUUACCGUGAUGCAUCCAGCCGCUAUGCUUUUACCUUUGAGCGGGCCAGAGAGGCCUGCGAGGAGAUCGGGGCUGAAAUCGCCACUCCAGAGCAGCUGCUUGCAGCCUAUCACAGCGGAUACGAGCAGUGUGACGCAGGCUGGCUCUCAGACCAGUCUGUCAGAUAUCCCAUUCAGAUGCCAAGAGAGGGCUGCUUCGGAGACAUGGACGGCAUGCCGGGAGUAAGAAACUACGGGCUGCUGGAGCACGAUGAGCUCUAUGAUGUCUACUGCUAUGUGGAGAAUAUUCAGGGUGAUGUGUUUCAUGGCUCCGCCCCCCAGCGUUUCACCUACUGGGAGGCCAAGGCCUACUGCGUGAGUCAUGGCGCGGAGCUGGCCACCACAGCUCAACUCUAUGCAGCCUGGAACGACGGCUUGAACCUUUGUAGCCCCGGGUGGCUGGCAGAUGGGAGCGUGCGCUACCCCAUCGUCACCCCUAGAGAGCGCUGUGGUGGUGGUGAGCCUGGAGUCAAAACUAUCUAUCAAUACAGCAACCAGACGGGCUUCCCUGACAUUCUCUCUCGCCAUGAUGUCUACUGCUUCAAGAGUGAUAACGGCGCUUACACCAAGUCUCCCCAUGAUUUUCUCGCUACAGAGCCAGAAGACAUUGGCCAAGACAUUGUUUUCUCAACGACCCAGGAGGAUGUCAGUGUGAGCGACGUAACGCCAGAGGGGGCUGAAGUGAUGCAACAUGCCCAAACGAUGAAUCCAGUAGAGAAGGACGCAGAAAAUCGUCCUGGGUUUGGAACUCCUCCAUCCGAGCACCAGGAGACCUCAUUUACCAAAGAUACCUGGGAGCUGAUAAAGAAGUCCUCCUUCCCAGAUUUACUACAGCCGGCACCUGAAGACCACCCAGAGACGGAUCAGGAACAGUCUCCUGUUACAACUCCAGAGCUUGACGCUGUAACUGUUGAAGACACGACAGAUGUGACAACUUCAGAAGGUACAGAACUAACAGAGGAUCCUGUUCCUGCUACUGAAAGCACAGGUUGGUCAGAUGCUGCAUCUGAAUCUGAUUUGGCUGAAGAGCACCAGGAGGAGGGACACCUUCCUGUUUCACAAGAAGACCACACAACCGAUGUCCACUCGGCUCAUCCUUCCUCAACCGAAUCUGUUAUAGGAACGCCAGAAGAAACCAUCACUGACGUGGUUGAAGAGAUUUUGAGUGUCGCAACUUCAUCGCACUCUGAUGAAAUGAACGUCCCCUCCACCACUCCACCGCUAACGUCUUUUACUAGCAGCACUUCUGAGACCCAUCCAACAGAGGAGGCAUCUGAGGAGGAGACUACAAAUCCUUCGGACGAGGAUACACCUGAUUCUAGCACGCAUGUGAAGGGUCUGGAUAUAUUUCUUACCUCUGAAAUUGAUCCUACGUCAGAAUCACGAUUCGAUCCCACUCAAGAGGGCUCAGGUGUGCUAGCAGAGUCUGUUAUCCCAGUGAAUCAUGGUGAUGAGGAUUUCAGUGGUGCUUCAGAGGAAGCAGCACCAGAUGAUGCUGCAGAGCUGAGUGGCUUCAUGCAUCCAGCGGAAAUCCCAACAUCAGAGGCCGUCCAAAUCACAGAUGAUAGCAGCAUUGAUGCUCUUGUUAUACAAAACACCACGUUUUCCUCACAGCCAUCUCCAGACUCUGUGACCCUGCGUCCAUCUUCCGCAGAGUUUCAUGUCAGCCACCCAGAAACUGCAACAUUUCAUCCAGACAAUAAUAGUUCAUCUGCUGUAGAACCUCUGGAGGAGAUGCAGAAGAAGAUUGAUCAGGAUGGAUUGGUCUUUAGUACAGUUCAGAGUGUCGUAGACCACGAUCCAGCAGGAGGAAGAGGCUCCAGAGAGGAAUUUGAUGAAUCUUCAGGAGAAACCCCACACAUGACACCUGAGGUUCUCAUGGUUGACCCGACUGUCUCAGCGGAGAACACGACUGACGAGACUGGUUCUAACACACCUCCACAGUCAGAGGCAAACGUCACACUGAUUCCUCAAAUGACCCUCACGCCCAGCUGGGAGCUGUUUCCUUUGAUCCCAACGUCACAGGAGUCUCGCUCGGAUUGGGAAUACAGCGCCGAGGCUCCUGUCAAUGAGAAACCUGAGGAGAUCUCCAAGAGUCAGCAUUUAACUACAGCCAUGAGUCAAGUUCAUUUUAAAGCUGUCUCAACAGAACAAGAAUCAGAGGAAAGCGAGGCAGACGCCACCACAAAUGAGCCCUCGGCUGACAUCUGCACCUGGCAUCCUGAGGAUGAGGACACGCCCGUGGCAGCGCUCACCACAGAUGCAGAUGUCACCACUGUAGCUCCCACCGUUCUCCUGGAGAAUUAUGGAAAGGACAGGGUGGUGCAUACAGCCAUGGGUCCAUCCUUACCUGCUGAAAAAGUUCCUGCUGCAAGUCAAGGAGACUCUUGCCUGGAGAAUCCUUGUUUUAAUGGAGGCACUUGUCUAGAGGGAGAAUCUGCCAGGUGCCUCUGUUUGCCCGGUUAUGGAGGAGCCUUGUGUCAGACAGAUCUGGAGGAGUGUGAGCCAGGAUGGGAGAAGUUUCAGGGAUUUUGUUACCGUCACUUUGGCAGACGGCAGAGCUGGGAGGCGGCGGAGCAGCACUGUCGCUUGUGCGGAGGUCAUCUCCUCUCUCUCAUGACUCCAGAGGAGCAGGACUACAUCAACGACAAAUUCAAAGAAUAUCAGUGGAUUGGAUUAAAUGACAGAACCAUCGAGGGGGAUUUCCACUGGUCUGAUGGGAACCCUUUGCUCUAUGAAAACUGGUACAAAGGUCAGCCUGACAGCUACUUCCUGUCCGGUGAGGACUGCACAGUGAUGGUGUGGCACGAUGGCGGCCGCUGGAGUGAUGUGCCAUGCAACUACCAUCUGUCUUACACCUGCAAGAAGGGUGUCUCCUCUUGUGGAGAGCCCCCUCGGGUUCCUCAUGCUCAGGUGUACGGGAGGAAGCGAGUGCAUUACGAAACUGACAGCAGGGUACGGUACCACUGUGAGGAGGGGUUUGUGCAGAAGCUAAACCCUGUUAUCAAAUGCCUGCCUGGCGGCCAGUGGGAGGAGCCUCUGAUUACCUGCUUGUCAACACAAACAUUAGAGGAGGAUCCCGUUACUCCACAUCCCGGCCAGCACGAGGAGGUCACAGGCGCAGCUGCGGAAAAAGCAGCUCCACUCUUUUGGGACAUUAAGUGGAAUUUUUAAUGCUAUGCUGUUAUUUAAUAGCAUAAAACAAAACACAAAAGCUGUUUUUCCUCAUGUUUUAUUGUAUUUUUCUCAAGUUUCAGAUGUGUUUGCCUGUAAUGUUUCCACAUGACAACUGACUGAAAUAAUCUGUAUCAACAAAAGCUGAGUCAUACUCUCACAGAAAUCCUGAUGUCAAAAAUGUGUUGCAGGUUCAAGCUAGACUACAGAGUUUUGGAUAUUUUAGACAAAUCUUUCCAUUUAGCCAUUAAUAAUAAAAUAAUAUAUAUACAUAUA